UCCAGUGGAGACCGGUGAGUAGAGAGCGGCACUGUUUCUUCCUGCCCCUCCUCCUGCUGCUCUGCAGGCACAAACACUGCCACAGGAGGAUACAAUUUCAUAGCAACCACCUCCAGAUCCCACCCAUCCUAUUCUCCAGCUCAGAGACCAGGGGGAGGGAGAGGCAGGUGCAUAAGCUAUCGACGGCUCAUUCGCUUGGAUGCAGAAAAGCUCCUCAGGUAGGCAGUGUAGCAACAGUCGACUUCUCUUGUCAGGAAUUAAGAGCUGAUCUAAUGAGACUUCAGGAGCAAAGAGUAAUCUAAUGAGGCUUCAAACACCGAGAAUGGUCUGUCAAGGCUUCAAAAACCAAGAGUUGAUCUGACAAGACUGGAAGAACCAAGAGUGACCUAACAAGACUUAUCUCCCUCACAGCAUCCAAGCAGACAAAACCAAGAAAUGGCAAGUGGGGCACUGGAGAUCGCAGCACUGUGCCUGACUCUACUUGGCCUGAUUGGGGCAGCGGCCAGCACGGGGAUGCCCAUGUGGCGUGUUACGGCCUUCAUUGGUGAGAAUAUCAUCGUCAUGGAGACACGCUAUGAAGGCUUGUGGAUGAACUGUUACCGGCAGGCCAAUAUCCGGAUGCAGUGUAAAGUGUAUGACUCCCUACUGGCCCUGACGCCGGACCUGCAGGCGGCCCGAGGCCUCAUGUGCUGCUCAGUUGCCCUGUCUGCAAUUGGCCUCCUCGUGGCCAUCAUGGGGAUGAAAUGUACCGCCUGUAUCCGUGACAACGACCGGGCCAAGCGGAUGGUACUGAUUGUGGCUGGCAGCAUGAUCAUCCUGGGCUGCCUUUGCUGCCUCAUCCCUGUCUCCUGGACGGGACAUGUGAUCAUCAGCGAUUUCUACAACCCUCUGCUGCUGGAUGCCCAGCGCAGGGAGCUGGGAGAGGCUCUCUACAUCGGCUGGGUGGCCUCUGCACUGCUCUUCGUGGGCGGAUGCAUAUUCACCUGCUGCCAUGAGUCCAUAGAUAAGGAGCCCGACCGAAAGCCUUACGGCUACGCCAGGAAUGUUCCCUAUGUGGCCUACCAGCCGCAACCCAUGGCCUUCCAACCCAGACCAGCUGCUGUGUCCUACGGCUACCCUUCCAGGGAGCCUUCCAUCAUCCAGACCUCCAGACAGCCCUCUAUGAUCCAGCCAUCCAGACAGCAGUCCUUCAUCCAACCCUCCAGGCAGCAGUCCUUCAUCCAACCCUCCAGGCAGCAGUCCAUCCGCAGUGCUGUUGCCUACCUAUGAGUGCUAACAUUGAGACAAAGCUUAAAUGUGGAUUGCAUGUAAAUGUUAGAAAGAGUCUCUAACAGCCCACUGUAUGUGCUCUAUAGGUAAUUUGUAGCUUGUGGAGAACAUGCUCUUCCGUUUACGACAGGUCAUUGAAUUUAAGUGGACAUUUCUCUGUUUCAUUUCAGAUAAACAAUGAUAAGAUAAGAUAAGAUAAGAUAAGAUAAGAUAAGAUAAGAUAAGAUAAGAUAAGAUAAGAUAAGAUAAUAAUGAUAACAGAUAAACUGUCAACAUUUCUGAGAUUACUGGAAUUCUUACAAAAAAAUUAGUAUAAAUUAUAGACUUUCUGUAUCUGUUGUCAGAACUGGGAAAUUUCACUGAUUUAUUUAAAGGUUCUGCAUAAUUAAAUGGCUAAGAUGUAAGCAGAGUCGUUCAGAGUGGUUUGGUGUGAAACGCUCCGUUCUAGAAAAACGUAUAAAGUCAGAGUUGUUAUGUUUGCAUUGUAUAUCCCAUGACCCCCGGUUCUAUCAACCCUGCUGUAAAGCGUCUAUAAUAACCAUUUCACACCAAACUAAUGAUUGACUUGACUGAAUUUUGAAGCUUGUCUUUGGUGUGUGUGUAUCACGUAUGUGUCUAUUUCAAAAUCCCAUUUCAAAUGUCAACAUGUUUCAGUGUCUAAAAACGUUCAGGAUUGUCUCAGGCAGCAUGUCGCUGCUGUAGGAGCAAAACCUCGCAUCUCCAAAAUGGUAACUUUAGAGGAGAAGGAAAAAACAUACUUCACUUUUAAUGUAAGUCAAU